AUGGCAGCGCUUCUAAACGGUACGUGUGCGAUGUACGAAUCAGUUGACAUCAAUGAGCUCAUCCUGGACUACGUGAAGGUCAACGGCGUGCCGCGGGACCUGCGCAACCGAGUCAAUUUCGAUUCACCCAAAUGGGCGGAAAUCGUGGAUGCGAAAUUACGUGUGCAUCAGAAGCCCGCAGAGCACACGAUGGUGCAGCAGAAGUCGGCCUGUGGCAAGGCCAAGAGUAGCGUCAUAUUCUCCUCCGUCUUCACCAACAGCACCUCCGAGACGCAGACCAAUAAUAUGCGCAGUGAGCGACGUACGACCUCCACGUGCCGCAUGUCGCUGACGAAAUGUGUGACCCGCGGGGGCAACCUGAGUCUGCAAAUUUCUCCGCCCAACACCUGCGUGCAAGUCAAUGGCGGUUUCAGCAAAGAGUGUUCUAUCACCAAAGAAGGCGAGAAGGUUAUCGAAGAGGAACUUACUUGGUCCCUUGACUCUCAGGUGAGAUAUGUUCAUUUAGACUGA